AUGCUCCAGAACGACUACGGCUACUCGCACUACCAGGCGCACCAGCACAGCGGCGAGCGCCCCAAGCUCUUCGGCACGUCGCUGGACCACGGCGGCAAUGGCGGCGGCUACCACGGCCCGGGCAUGCACGACUUCCAGCAGCUCGUGCACCCGAACAACAUGACGCCGCAGCACCACAUGCAGACACCGCAGCACCAGGGCCAGACGCCGCAGCACCACAUGCAGACACCGCAGCACCAGGGCCAGACGCCGCAGCACCAGCCGCAGCAGGGCGACUUCGACCAUGAACCCAUCAUGAUAAACAUGCAGCACCCCGGCCAGUACUACGCGCCCCCGCCCAUGACGGCGCAAAUGCUGCACGUGUCCACCGACUACAACUCGGGCGGCUCCGUGGGCGGCGGCCACACGCCCUCGCACUCGGGCUCCAAGCGCUCGCGUGAGGAGCUCAACAUGAAGGAAAAGAAGCGCAUGUUCAAGCUCAACGACCGCAUCAACCAGCUCAAGACGCUGCUGGACGAGGCCGGCGUGCAGUCCAAGAAGAACAAGCAGUCCAUCCUAGACAACACGUACCACUACAUCAGCAUGCUGCGCAGCAACCUGCUGAUCGCAAAGCAAAAGGCAGAGCGCGCCGAGAAGCAGGCGGACAGCUUCCGCUCGCAGGCGCAGGGCGGCGGCCCCAUUGACGCCGUCUUCAAGCGCUGCUUCGACCAGUCGAGCACGCCACGCCUCGUGGCGGACCUCAACAUGCAGCUCAUGGCCGUCAACUCGGCCUUCCUGGCCCAGACCGGUCAGACCAUGGACAACCUCAUGGACGUCAACACUCUGCGCGCCAGCCUGUGCCUGGACAACGGCAAGCUCGACGCGGUCGUGCAGUCGGUCAGCAGCAGCAUGAAGCCCAUCAGCGCGAUCGUGCAGGCGCAGGGAGCAGGCAACAACAUCGCGACGCUCACGCUCAUGGCCUCGGUCCUCACAGACGACGACAACGUCGUGACUGCCAUUGAGUUCAGCCUCGUGCCGUUUGAGAUCUCGUCGGACUUCUCAAGCCCCAGCGCCAGCUACACCAACGAUGUAAAGCAGGACAUGCCCAAGGAGUCGAGUCCCUCGGGCGUGAGCGACCUGGCCGUGUAAGCCCGGUCCGUGGCGGGACCCCCUCCCCCCCAACGUGUGUGAGAUACCUAGUGCAUGAGCAAGCGAAUCUACCCAGCUGAGCAAGAGCGACAGAACAAGAGGAGCGGUCCACUGCAGCGGCUUAGGAGGUGAGGGAUUGGCCCUGUAGAUAAAAGUGUAACAUAUAACCUAUUGUCG